AUGGCGGCUUCCGUACCCCCGCCACGGCCCGUCACCCACCUGCUCUUUGACAUGGACGGCCUGCUUCUUGAUACCGAACGGCUCUACUCACUGGUGUUCCAAGAAAUAUGUGACCGCUAUGGAAAGAAAUACAGCUGGGACGUGAAGUCCCUCGUUAUGGGAAAAAAGGCACUGGAGGCGGCACAGAUCAUAAUAGACGUCCUGCAGCUACCGAUGUCCAGAGAGGAGCUGGUGGAGGAAAGCCAGACGAAGUUGGAAGAAGUGUUCCCCAAGGCUGGUCUGAUGCCAGGCGUGGAGAAACUCAUCCACCACCUGCAAAAGCAUGGUGUGCCCUUGGCCGUUGCCACCAGCUCUGGCCGUGCAUCGUUUGAGAUGAAGACCAGUAGACACAAGGAGUUCUUCAGCUUGUUUGACCACAUCGUUUUGGGAGAUGACCCCGAAGUGAAGAGUGGGAAACCAGAUCCCGACAUAUUUCUAGCCUGUGCGAAGAGAUUUUCUCCUCCUCCUCCCAUGGAGAAGUGCCUUGUGUUUGAAGACGCUCCCAACGGCGUGGAGGCGGCCCUUGCAGCCAGCAUGCAGGUGGUCAUGGUUCCAGAUAGGAACUUGCACCGACACCUGACGUCCAAGGCCACCCUGGUGCUGGAUUCCCUGCAGGACUUCCAGCCCGAGCUGUUCGGUUUGCCGCCCUUCGAGUGA